AUGUCCUCCGCAGGGAUCACGUCAGCGUCGCUCAUCGGUGGAGUAGCAAUCACAGUCGAGGCCGUCUCCGCGUCAGAAGAAGAGGACGCCGCAGGAGUGAGCCGUGGCCCAGUCACUGUGGUCGAACGCCCAGUGGAAGAGGCAGAAGCCGACGAUGAAGCACCCGAAGACGCCGAGGAGGACGACCGCAUACCUCUGCCUCCACGCCAGUCCCGCUUGUCGAGGCGGACCUUCUCCGCAUCGGAAAGCACAGAGGGUCGUGCCAUCAUCGUCGAUCGCACUCCAGCGAGCGCGCAUGACUCGCGCUGA